CUCAGGUGAGAACACGGUGUUCACUGUGAAAGCAGAAGGUCGUAUAUUUUAUUUCAACUUGGGCAAACAAACCUAUUAUUUUGCGCUGUAUACUUUUCUUGGGAAAAAUGACAAAGGAUACUGGGAGCAACCCAGGAAAAUACUGGAUUGUGACAAGAAACAUCAUCUUUUUGGGAAUUUUGCAGACAGCCAUAUUGCAUUUAAAAUCGCGAAAUAAUCUGGCAAACCUUGCUAUUUAAAUAGAGCCUUAUUACAAAACUUCAGUGGUUUUCAUCCUACAAAUUUUUUACUGUAAACAGAGCUGUGUGCCUUUUUAACUCAUUUUUUUUAACCUUUUUAAACAAUGGAUUACCACAAAUGGUUGUUUGCGUUUGUUUUCUGGACAUUUCUCAAGCAAAGUAAUUUCAUGAGUCAGUCUUGCUUUAAUAGCAGUUACAUGAUGAAUGUUGUGUUGUUGGAUGACGACGUAUCGCCGUGGAGCAUCAACUUUGUGAAGCCAGCCGUUAUGAGAGCUAUUCAACAUGAUUCGGAGAUCAACCUUAAACAUGGUGUGAAUCGCAAUUUAACAGUUAAUUUCAAAGGAUUUCAAACCAUUUAUUACCUGAAAAAAGGCUGCACCAGUAGCGCCUGCGAGGGAGUUGAAGUUUUAAAUGAUCUUAAGAAUACAGGUGAGUUGGGAUGUGCUCUCCUCGGACCAACCUGCACCUAUGCUACUUUCCAAAUGGUUGAUCUUGAGAUUGGCUUGGACAUCAAUAUGCCCAUCAUCUCAGCAGGAAGCUUUGGACUCUCAUGUGAUUUUAAGAGAGAUCUGACUCGUCUUUUACCUCCAGCAAGGAAAAUAUCUAGCUUCUUUGUUUCCUUCUGGGAGUUCAAUGAUCAUAUCAAGGCUACAUGGAAAACCGUAUAUAUAUACAAGAAACAGAAUAACACUGAGGAUUGUUUUUGGUACAUGAAUGCUCUUGAAGUGGAUUCCGCCCCUUUUUCCUCCAGUUUGGAGAAGCGAGUUGUUCUACGAAGAGAGGAGGAGCUCAUUGAGGCUUUGACCAAAAGAAAUCGAGAGAGUAAUUUGUUCAUUAUGUGUGGAACGCCUGAAGACAUUAUGGAUCUGAAGAAUGACACUCUGUUGAACUAUGAUCAUGAAAAUGCUUUUCUUCUGAUUGAUCUUUACAAUGAUGUCUAUUACAAUGGUUCAUCUAAUGUUGCUAUGAGGAAUGUUCUGGUUCUAACAAUGCCCAAUACAAGAAGUUACACCAUAGACACUUCUGACAACAACACGAUGAAUGAUUAUAUUGCAGCAUAUCAUGAUGCAGUACUGCUAUUUGGACAGGUGAUGAGAAACAUUAUGGACAGCUCAAACUUUCAGCAGAUCGGGACAGUGAGCAUUAACUAUUUCAGAAAUGUGUCUUUUAAAGGUAUAGCUGGAGAUUAUGAGCUGGACGAGUUUGGUGAUAGAGAUCUGAUAUUUUCUUUGAUCUACACUAACAACGACAAUGAGUACCAGGUACUUUAUGAGUUCAACACUUCCACCAACCAUACAUAUUUAAAGGACGACAAUCCUUCUUUUAUUUGGCCUCAGCACCGUCUACCUGAAGACCGUCCAAACAUUAAAGGCCAGCAAGUCCAGGAUAUUGUAAUAACACUGAGCGCGACUGUUGUUGGAGUGAUGGCUACACUUGCCUUCAUCUUUUACUGGCAAAACAGAUCUUAUCGUAACAUGCAGAAGAAAUGGUCUCAUAUUCCAGCAGAGCUUAUUACACCUUUAGAGAUGAAUGAGCGAAAUAUGAUCAGUUUGAAGAUUGAGGAGGACUUUAUAAAUAACAGUUACAAAUUACGCCGUGCACGCUAUGAUAAAAAGAUUGUUAUCCUUAAUGAAUUAAAGUACACAGAUGGAAGUUUCACUGAGGAACAGAGGAGAGAACUCAACGCGCUUUUGAAAAUAGAUUAUUACAACCUGACCAAAUUUUAUGGCACAGUCAAGUUUGACCAUGAAGUUUUUGGAGUGUUCGAGUAUGGAGAGCGGGCAUCUCUUAGACAUGUGCUUAAUGAUAAGAUUUCAUACCCAGAUGAGACUUUCAUGGACUGGCAGUAUAAGAUCUCGGUCAUGUAUGACAUUGCAAAGGGCAUGUCUUAUCUCCACACAAGCAACAUUGCUGUCCAUGGGCGACUUAAAUCGACCAACUGUGUGGUGGACAACCGUAUGGUAGUGAAGAUUGCAGACUUUGGCUUCAAUACAAUUCUCAGUCCCAGUAAAGAUUUGUGGACAGCCCCUGAACACUUGCGAAAACAGGGGAUUUCUCAGAAAGGAGAUGUGUACAGUUUCGCCAUAAUUUCCCAGGAGAUCAUGAUGAGGAAGUGCACAUUUUACACACACACCUGCUCUGAUCGUGCUGAGAAGCUGGCCAGAGUGCAGUAUCCCAGUCUGACCUCUAUUUUCAGACCUGAUCUAAACUUUGAGAACGCAGGCGAAAAAGAACAAGAGGUGUGCAUGCUAAUCAAAAACUGCUGGGAUGAGGACCCAGACAGAAGACCAGACUUUAAAAAGAUAGAAAUCACACUACGAAAGAUUGUCAGUCUUGACAACCAGGCAAAUGAGAGUUACAUGGAAAAUCUGAUUCGGAGGUUGCAGAUGUAUUCCCGUAACCUGGAGUGUCUGGUUGAGGAACGUACAGCUCUGUACAAGGCUGAAAGAGACAGAGCAGACUACCUAAACUUCAUGCUUUUGCCUGGACCGGUUGUGCGCUCUUUGAAGGAAACUGGAAUAGUGGAGCCUGAGCUCUUUGAAGAAGUCACCAUCUACUUCAGUGACAUUGUAGGCUUCACCACAUUAUGCUAUUACAGCACACCCAUGGAGGUGGUGGACAUGCUUAAUGACAUAUACAAGCGCUUUGACAGCAUCCUUGACAAUCAUGAUGUCUAUAAGGUAGAGACGAUUGGUGAUGCCUACAUGGUGGUCUCUGGUCUGCCUCGACGGAAUGGAAACAGACACGCAAUGGAUAUCUGCCACAUGGCUCUGGAUAUCUUGGCCUUUAUGGGCACGUUUGAGUUGCGCCAUCUGCCCGGGCUGCCCGUGUGGAUCCGUAUUGGUGUGCAUUCAGGCCCAUGUGCUGCUGGUGUAGUGGGAAUUAAAAUGCCCAGAUAUUGCCUGUUUGGAGACACCGUGAACAUAGCAUCUCGAAUGGAGUCCACAGGUUUACCAUUAAGAAUACAUGUGAGCGAGUCAACCAUCAGCAUUCUCCAACGCACAGACUGCAAGUUUGAAUAUGAAAAGAGAGGAGAAACAUACCUAAAGGGUAAAGGUAAAGAGACAACGUACUGGUUGACAGGAGUUACAGGGCAAGAUUAUAACCUACCGAUGCCUCCAACAGCGGAAAACAUGCAACACCUGCAACAAGAUCUGUCUCAAAUGAUCAAGACUUGCCUAGAGCAGCGUCCCACUAGCACGAGGAAAAGAAAGACCCUGUCGACGCGCCACAAGAGGCUAGCAGCUGAAGCAGACAUGGAGAGCACAGACCAACCAGAGUAUCUGAUUCUGGUCACUGGUGACAGCCUAAGCACAUAUCUGUAAGCCCAUCCCUAAACAAACAUAUAUGGACAUUUAUACUAAAUGUUUUAAAAUGGACUUCAGUGUAAACACUGCGAAAUGUACAUACUUUAUAUUUGGAUAAAAAACGUAUACUUUAUUUAUCCUGUUAUUAAGUUACUCUCUAUUACUUUCUAUUACUAUUAUUACUGUCUAUUACUUUGAAUUAGACUUUGCAUUUAAUAUUUCCCUUAAUAAAGAUCUAGUAGUCCUUGACACAGAUGCCAUAAGCUAAGCUUUAAAUGCAAUUACAUAAAUGGGCAGUUUCCUGGACAGGGUUUGGAUCAAUCCAGGCUAGUGUGCAACUUGGGACAAAACAAUGGCACUGAUAUAUGUUAAGAAAUUUUUAAAGGCAGCUCAAACAUGCAUUUUAAUAUGGGACUA